AUGAAUUUUUUCAACAAAAAAAACGAUGACAAGAAUUCUAACAGCAAACAUAAUCAGUACUCUGGCAAUACUGGCGAUCAGCAAUGGAGUACCGACUCAGAUGUCAGCGACAACUCGGAAAGUGUUAGCAAUAGCUACGGUUAUACUAAAGGCAGUGGCGGCGACUACAUCAAAGCAGACGACGGCAGUCGGUCUUACAACGACAGAUACGAAAACUCCGCUGGUGCCAACACCCGUGCGCAGGAUUCCCACAGCAACCGUGAGGAAUCCUCCCAAAAAUUCAACAAUGGCAAGAACAAGGGCCAACGCUGGUCGAUGUCAGAUGUUGGCUCUGAUGCUGCCAGCUCCGAUGAUGCACACACUGCCUCAUCAGCGAUCUCAAGCUUGGAUCUGAUGCUGCCAGCUCCAAUGAUGCAUACUCUGCCUCAUCAGGAGCGCUUUCUGGGCUCCCUACAAGUUGUUUAUAUCAUUCCUUGUCCCUUAAGUCUUUCUCCGUUUACCGAUCUCAAGCUUGGCUCUAAUGCUGCCAACUCCAAUGAUGCAUACACUGCCUCAUCAGGUAAACCUCCACCUUCCAUAGCCCCAUCAGGAAACCAGCAGUACUAUGAAGGAGUUGAUGGCACGAUCAGAUACUUUAAGGAUUAUAAGGAUAUUGACAAUUCUAAAAAGAGAGCUUCUAAAUCCAAUAGAAACCACAAUGAAAAUGUCGAAGAAAUCAGCAAUGGCAAGAAUAAGGCCCAACGAAAGACGCUUGUAGACUCACAAUCGGAUGCUAUGAGCUCUGUUGAUCGACAGAAGUACUCAGAAGGAGAUGAGUAUUCAUACCAAGGAGCUAAUGGACAGACGAUAUACACAAAGAAGUAUGAAAAUGCCGACAACUCUAAACAGAGAGAUUCAAAGUCAGACAGCAACCGCAACGAAUAUUCCGAAAAAGUCACCAACGGCAAGAACAAAAUCCAGCGUAAGACAGUCUCAGACACAAAUUCGGAUGCAUCAGAAUCUAAUGCUCAAGAGAAGUACUCAAAAGGAAACUCCCAACAAUACCAAGGACCUGAUGGCCAGCAAAUAUACUCAAACAAGUAUGAGGAAGUGGACAAUGCUGAAUACAGUGACUCGAACUCCAACAGUAACCACAAUUCAAAUGUCGAAGUAAUAAACAGUGGUAACAGCAAGGCCCAACGCGAGACGGUGUCGGAUACAAAAUCUGAUUCUUCAGACUCUGGCGAUCACCAGAGUUACUCAAUAGGAGAUGAGUAUUCAUACCAAGGACUCAAUGGACAGAAGAUUUACACAAAGAAGUAUGAAAAUGUCGACAAUUCUAAAACCAGGACAUCAAAUUCUGACAGCGACCGACAAGCGUAUGAUGAAAUAGUCACCGAUGGCAAGAAUACCGUUCAAAAGAAGACACUAUCAGAGACAAAAUCGGAAGGUUCAAAAACUAAUGAUCAACAAAAGUACUCAAAAGGAAACACCCAACAAUACCAAGGGGAAGAUGGUGAGGUCAUAUACUCAACUAACUAUGAAAACGUCGACGAUUCUAGUAACAGCGUUGCGAGUUCCAACAGCGACCGCAAUGAAAACGUCGAGCAAUACAACAACGGCAGGACAAAGGGCUACCGAAAGGCACUAUCAGAUAAAACUUCGGACUCUUCCAGUUCUAAUGAUCAGAAGAGCUAUUCAAAAGGAGACCGGCAACAAUACGUUGGAGCUGAUGGCCAGACGAGAUACUCAGGGAACUACGAAGACAUGAAGAGUUCUAGCAACAACGCGAAGGCUUCCGACAGCAACAGGAAUGAGAACUCCGGUGUAGUGGACGAUGGAAAAGGUGGCACCAAUCAGUGGAGCUCGGUGUCUGAUGAAAAGUCUUCCUCCUCCAGCUCAAAUGAUAACUACAGCUACUCAUCAGGAUCUACAAACGAAAACUUCCGACCCCUCCCAGCAAUUCUACCGGUGCCAACAAAACCAAGCUUCAGACCUCUACCUGAAGUUCUACCGGUGCCAAUAAAGCCAAAUUUCAGACCGCUUCCUGAAAUUCUACCGGUCGCCCAACCGCACGUUUACUACCCACACCAUAAACACCACCAACACCAUCGGAAGCCGCACUACCGCCAUCAAUACCAAUCCCCCAUAAUAUACCCCGUGCCGCGGAUCGAAGAAGAGGUCUACUAUACUGAACCACAGAUAGCAUAUGGACCACGUUACAUACCGCAGGUAUAUGAACCGGAUUCAUCCGAGGAAUUGGGCCCAGUUUUGUUCCCACCAAGGGUCUACGACUCUGACUCUGAGUCUGACGAAGAUGAUAAUUUAGACGCUUACCUCUUACCACAAACAGCACCAAACCGCCCGCUGAACCCAAGACCACAUACUUCGAAAAAACCUUCAAGAAAACAUCAGAGGCCGAAAGCGCAGAAACGCCCCACUAGAAGACCACAGUACCCUCCAUCAGGUCCCAUACAUGAGCCUCAACCAAUACCUGCACAUCAAGAUAACCCCCCAAGAGGACAAAAUUACAACCCUCCAAGGGGAGGAUCAGUAACGAACUACGGUAAAACUACGAGUGGAAGCACCUCCUACGAUAAAGAACAAAGUUCAUCCCAAGACGGCAGCAGCAUUUAUGAUUACAGUAAUACUGGAAUCUAUUAUACGCCGGGAGAAUAUCAGAACUACCCGCAACCACCACAAUAUGGAAGACCACAGCCCCAACGACCGCCGAAACAGGAAAGACCACAACAUUCAAAACCCCCACUACCGGAAGGAGCACAGCCUCCAAAACCCCCUCAACAGAAUAAAUCCCCACAACCGGAAGAAGCACAGCCUCUAAAACCCCCUCCACAGACAAAAUCCCCCCAACCGGAAAUUGCACAGCCUCCAAAACCCCCUCAACAGAAAAAAUCCCCACAACCGGAAGGACCACAGCCUGCAAAACCCCCUCAACAGAAAAAAUCCCCACAACCGGAAGGACCACAGCCUGCAAAACCCCCUCAACAGAAAAAAACCCCACAACCGGAAAUUGCACAGCCUCCAAAACCCCCUCAACAGAAAAAAUCCCCACAACCGGAAGGACCACAGUCCAAAGGAUCACCGGGCCCUACAAAAACUGGAAAAUCGACAACGAGCUACACAAAAUCUGGCUCCGGAGUCAAUACUUACGAAAAUACCCAAUCAUCAAAGGACACUGGCAAACAGGCCUAUGAACAAACUGAGAGUGGAUCCAGAACUAACACAGGAUCACAAGUCACAACGCCAAAACAGGCAGCAAAGCCAAAAGAACCAAUACACAACACACCUAAAGGACCACCAAGCUCUUUACCAAAAGAACCAUCAAGCCCUAAACCAAAAUCACAACCGGGCCCUACAAAAACUGGAGAAUCGACAACGAGCUAUACAAAAUCUGGCUCCGGAGUCAAUACUUACGAAAAUACCCAAAAAUCAAAGGAGACUGGGAAACAGGCCUAUGAACAAACUGAGAGUGGAUCCAGAACUAACACAGGAUCACAAGUCACUACGCCAAAACAACCAGCAAAGCCAAAAGAACCAAUACACAACACACCUAAAAGACCACCAAGCUCAUUACCAAAAGAACCAUCAAGCCCUAAACCAAAAUCACAACCGGGCUCUACAAAAACUGGGGAAUCGACAACGAGCUAUACAAAAUCUGGCUCUGGAGUCAAUACUUACGAAAAUACCCAAAAAUCAAAGGAGACUGGCAAAGAGGCCUAUGAACAAACUGAGAGUGGAUCCAGAACUAACACAGGAUCACAAGUCACUACGCCAAAACAGCCAGCAAAGCCAAAAGAACCAAUACACAACACACCUAAAAGACCAUCAAGCUCUUUACCAAAAGAAUCAGCAAGCCCUAAACCAAAAUCACAACCGGGCUCUACAAAAACUGGGGAAUCGACAACGAGCUAUACAAAAUCUGGCUCUGGAGUCAAUACUUACGAAAAUACCCAAAAAUCAAAGGAGACUGGCAAACAGGCCUAUGAACAAACUGAGAGUGGAUCCAGAACUAACACAGGAUCACAAGUCACUACGCCAAAACAACCAGCAAAGCCAAAAGAACCAAUACACAACACACCUAAAAGACCACCAAGCUCUUUACCAAAAGAACCAUCAAGCCCUAAACCAAAAUCACAACCGGGCUCUACAAAAACUGGGGAAUCGACAACGAGCUAUACAAAAUCUGGCUCUGGAGUCAAUACUUACGAAAAUACCCAAAAAUCAAAGGAGACUGGCAAACAGGCCUAUGAACAAACUGAGAGUGGAUCCAGAACUAACACAGGAUCACAAGUCACUACGCCAAAACAACCAGCAAAGCCAAAAGAACCAAUACACAACACACCUAAAAGACCACCAAGCUCAUUACCAAAAGAACCAUCAAGCCCUAAACCAAAAUCACAACCGGGCUCUACAAAAACUGGGGAAUCGACAACGAGCUAUACAAAAUCUGGCUCUGGAGUCAAUACUUACGAAAAUACCCAAAAAUCAAAGGAGACUGGCAAAGAGGCCUAUGAACAAACUGAGAGUGGAUCCAGAACUAACACAGGAUCACAAGUCACUACGCCAAAACAGCCAGCAAAGCCAAAAGAACCAAUACACAACACACCUAAAAGACCAUCAAGCUCUUUACCAAAAGAAUCAGCAAGCCCUAAACCAAAAUCACAACCGGGCUCUACAAAAACUGGGGAAUCGACAACGAGCUAUACAAAAUCUGGCUCUGGAGUCAAUACUUACGAAAAUACCCAAAAAUCAAAGGAGACUGGCAAACAGGCCUAUGAACAAACUGAGAGUGGAUCCAGAACUAACACAGGAUCACAAGUCACUACGCCAAAACAACCAGCAAAGCCAAAAGAACCAAUACACAACACACCUAAAAGACCACCAAGCUCUUUACCAAAAGAACCAUCAAGCCCUAAACCAAAAUCACAACCGGGCUCUACAAAAACUGGGGAAUCGACAACGAGCUAUACAAAAUCUGGCUCUGGAGUCAAUACUUACGAAAAUACCCAAAAAUCAAAGGAGACUGGCAAACAGGCCUAUGAACAAACUGAGAGUGGAUCCAGAACUAACACAGAAUCACAAGUCACUACGCCAAAACAGCCAGCAAAGCCAAAAGAACCAAUACACAACACACCUAAAAGAUCACCAAGCUCUUUACCAAAAGAACCAUCAAGCCCUAAACCAAAAUCACAACCGGGCUCUACAAAAACUGGGGAAUCGACAACGAGCUAUACAAAAUCUGGCUCCGGAGUCAAUACUUACGAAAAUACCCAAAAAUCAAAGGAGACUGGCAAACAGGCCUAUGAACAAACUGAGAGUGGAUCCAGAACUAACACAGGAUCACAAGUCACUACGCCAAAACAGCCAGCAAAGCCAAAAGAACCAAUACACAACACACCUAAAAGAUCACCAAGCUCUUUACCAAAAGAACCAUCAAGCCCUAAACCAAAAUCACAACCGGGCCCUACAAAAACUGGAGAAUCGACAACGAGCUAUACAAAAUCUGGCUCCGGAGUAAAUACUUACGAAAAUACCCAAAAAUCAAAGGAGACUGGGAAACAGGCCUAUAGUCAAACUGAAUCCAGAACUAACACAGGAUCACAAGUCACUACGCCAAAACAGCCAGCAAAGCCAAAAGAACCAAUACACAACACACCUAAAAGAUCACCAAGCUCUUUACCAAAAGAACCAUCAAGCCCUAAACCAAAAUCACAACUGGGCUCUACAAAAACUGGGGAAUCGACAACGAGCUAUACAAAAUCUGGCUCUGGAGUCAAUACUUACGAAAAUACCCAAAAAUCAAAGGAGACUGGCAAACAGGCCUAUGAACAAACUGAGAGUGGAUCCAGAACUAACACAGGAUCACAAGUCACUACACCAAAACAGCCAGCAAAGCCAAAAGAACCAAUACACAACACACCUAAAAGACCACCAAGCUCUUUACCAAAAGAACCAUCAAGCCCUAAACCAAAAUCACAACCGGGCUCUACAAAAACUGGGGAAUCGACAACGAGCUAUACAAAAUCUGGCUCUGGAGUCAAUACUUACGAAAAUACCCAAAAAUCAAAGGAGACUGGCAAACAGGCCUAUGAACAAACUGAGAGUGGAUCCAGAACUAACACAGGAUCACAAGUCACUACACCAAAACAGCCAGCAAAGCCAAAAGAACCAAUACACAACACACCUAAAAGAUCACCAAGCUCUUUACCAAAAGAACCAUCAAGCCCUAAACCAAAAUCACAACCGGGCUCUACAAAAACUGGGGAAUCGACAACGAGCUAUACAAAAUCUGGCUCUGGAGUCAAUACUUACGAAAAUACCCAAAAAUCAAAGGAGACUGGCAAACAGGCCUAUGAACAAACUGAGAGUGGAUCCAGAACUAACACAGGAUCACAAGUCACUACACCAAAACAGCCAGCAAAGCCAAAAGAACCAAUACACAACACACCUAAAAGAUCACCAAGCUCUUUACCAAAAGAACCAUCAAGCCCUAAACCAAAAUCACAACCGGGCUCUACAAAAACUGGGGAAUCGACAACGAGCUAUACAAAAUCUGGCUCUGGAGUCAAUACUUACGAAAAUACCCAAAAAUCAAAGGAGACUGGCAAACAGGCCUAUGAACAAACUGAGAGUGGAUCCAGAACUAACACAGGAUCACAAGUCACUACGCCAAAACAGCCAGCAAAGCCAAAAGAACCAAUACACAACACACCUAAAAGAUCACCAAGCUCUUUACCAAAAGAACCAUCAAGCCCUAAACCAAAAUCACAACCGGGCCCUACAAAAACUGGAGAAUCGACAACGAGCUAUACAAAAUCUGGCUCCGGAGUAAAUACUUACGAAAAUACCCAAAAAUCAAAGGAGACUGGGAAACAGGCCUAUAGUCAAACUGAAUCCAGAACUAACACAGGAUCACAAGUCACUACGCCAAAACAGCCAGCAAAGCCAAAAGAACCAAUACACAACACACCUAAAAGAUCACCAAGCUCUUUACCAAAAGAACCAUCAAGCCCUAAACCAAAAUCACAACCGGGCUCUACAAAAACUGGGGAAUCGACAACGAGCUAUACAAAAUCUGGCUCUGGAGUCAAUACUUACGAAAAUACCCAAAAAUCAAAGGAGACUGGCAAACAGGCCUAUGAACAAACUGAGAGUGGAUCCAGAACUAACACAGGAUCACAAGUCACUACACCAAAACAGCCAGCAAAGCCAAAAGAACCAAUACACAACACACCUAAAAGACCACCAAGCUCUUUACCAAAAGAACCAUCAAGCCCUAAACCAAAAUCACAACCGGGCUCUACAAAAACUGGGGAAUCGACAACGAGCUAUACAAAAUCUGGCUCUGGAAUCAAUACUUACGAAAAUACCCAAAAAUCAAAGGAGACUGGCAAACAGGCCUAUGAACAAACUGAGAGUGGAUCCAGAACUAACACAGGAUCACAAGUCACUACACCAAAACAGCCAGCAAAGCCAAAAGAACCAAUACACAACACACCUAAAAGACCACCAAGCUCUUUACCAAAAGAACCAUCAAGCCCUAAACCAAAAUCACAACCGGGCUCUACAAAAACUGGGGAAUCGACAACGAGCUAUACAAAAUCUGGCUCUGGAGUCAAUACUUACGAAAAUACCCAAAAAUCAAAGGAGACUGGCAAACAGGCCUAUGAACAAACUGAGAGUGGAUCCAGAACUAACACAGGAUCACAAGUCACUACACCAAAACAGCCAGCAAAGCCAAAAGAACCAAUACACAACACACCUAAAAGAUCACCAAGCUCUUUACCAAAAGAACCAUCAAGCCCUAAACCAAAAUCACAACCGGGCUCUACAAAAACUGGGGAAUCGACAACGAGCUAUACAAAAUCUGGCUCUGGAGUCAAUACUUACGAAAAUACCCAAAAAUCAAAGGAGACUGGCAAACAGGCCUAUGAACAAACUGAGAGUGGAUCCAGAACUAACACAGGAUCACAAGUCACUACGCCAAAACAGCCAGCAAAGCCAAAAGAACCAAUACACAACACACCUAAAAGAUCACCAAGCUCUUUACCAAAAGAACCAUCAAGCCCUAAACCAAAAUCACAACCGGGCCCUACAAAAACUGGAGAAUCGACAACGAGCUAUACAAAAUCUGGCUCCGGAGUAAAUACUUACGAAAAUACCCAAAAAUCAAAGGAGACUGGCAAACAGGCCUAUGAACAAACUGAGAGUGGAUCCAGAACUAACACAGGAUCACAAGUCACUACACCAAAACAGCCAGCAAAGCCAAAAGAACCACUAAACAACACACCAAAAGGACCACCAAGCUCUUUACCAAAAGAACCAUCAAGCUCUAAACCAAAAUCACAACCGGGCCCUACAAAAACUGGAGAAUCGACAACGAGCUAUACAAAAUCUGACUCCGGAGUCAAUACUUACGAAAAUACCCAAUCAUCAAAGGAGACUGGCAAACAGGCCUAUGAACAAACUGAGAGUGGAUCCAGAACUAACACAGGAUCACAAGUCACUACACCAAAACAGCCAGCAAAGCCAAAAGAACCAAUACACAACACACCUAAAAGACCACCAAGCUCUUUACCAAAAGAACCAUCAAGCCCUAAACCAAAAUCACAACCGGGCUCUACAAAAACUGGGGAAUCGACAACGAGCUAUACAAAAUCUGGCUCUGGAGUCAAUACUUACGAAAAUACCCAAAAAUCAAAGGAGACUGGCAAACAGGCCUAUGAACAAACUGAGAGUGGAUCCAGAACUAACACAGGAUCACAAGUCACUACGCCAAAACAGCCAGCAAAGCCAAAAGAACCAAUACACAACACACCUAAAAGACCACCAAGCUCUUUACCAAAAGAACCAUCAAGCCCUAAACCAAAAUCACAACCGGGCCCUACAAAAACUGGAGAGUCGACAACGAACUAUACAAAAUCUGGCUCCGGAGUCAAUACUUACGAAAAUACCCAAUCAUCAAAGGAGACUGGCAAACAGGCCUAUAGUCAAACUGAGAGUGGAUCCACAACUAACACUCAAAAAGGAGAGUCAUCAGUGACUAAGCCAGAAAUUUCACCAAGUACUAAACCAAGCCCUCAAACCCCAAAUAACCAGAAACCAGUUCCUAAACCAUGCAACCAAAAGCCAGGAGGCCAGAAAUCAGUACCUCAACAGCCAAACACCCCGAAACCGGUGCCUCAACAGCCAAACGCCCCGAAACCGGUGCCUCAACAGCCAAACACCCCUAAACCGGUGCCUCAACAGCCAAACAUCCCGAAACCGGUGCCUCAACAGCCAAACAACCCGAAACCGGUGCCUCAACAGCCAAAUACCCCGAAACCGGUGCCUCAACAGCCAAACACCCCGAAACCGGUGCCUCAACAGCCAAACACCCCGAAACCGGUGCCUCAACAGCCAAACACCCCGAAACCAGUGCCUCAACAGCCAAACACCCCGAAACCGGUGCCUCAACAGCCAAACACCCCGAAACCGGUGCCUCAACAGCCAAACACCCCGAAACCGGUGCCUCAACAGCCAAACAACCCGAAACCGGUGCCUCAACAGCCAAACACCCCGAAACCGGUGCCUCAACAGCCAAACACCCCGAAACCGGUGCCUCAACAUCCAAACACCCCGAAACCGGUGCCUCAACAGCCAAACACCCCGAAACCGGUGCCUCAACAUCCAAACACCCCGAAACCGGUGCCUCAACAGCCAAACACCCCGAAACCGGUGCCACAACAGCCAAACACCCCGAAACCGGUGCCUCAACAGCCAAACACCCCGAAACCGGUGCCUCAACAGCCAAACAACCCGAAACCGGUGCCUCAACAGCCAAAUACCCCGAAACCGGUGCCUCAACAUCAAAACACUCCGAAACCGGUGCCUCAACAGCCAAACACCCCGAAACCGGAGCCUCAACAGCCAAACACCCCGAAACCGGUGCCUCAACAGCCAAACACCCCGAAACCGGUGCCUCAACAUCCAAACACCCCGAAACCGGUGCCUCAACAGCCAAACACCCCGAAACCGGUGCCUCAACAGCCAAACACCCCGAAACCGGUGCCUCAACAGCCAAACACCCCGAAACCGGUGCCUCAACAGCCAAACAACCCGAAACCGGUGCCUCAACAGCCAAACACCCCGAAACCGGUGCCUCAACAGCCAAACAACCCGAAACCGGUGCCUCAACAGCCAAACACCCCGAAACCGGUGCCUCAACAGCCAAACACCCCGAAACCGGUGCCUCAACAGCCAAACCCCCCGAAACCGGUGCCUCAACUGCCAAACACCCCGAAACCGGUGCCUCAACAGCCAAACACCCCGAAACCGGUGCUUGUCCAGAAACCCAAACCAGCUAAAAAGCCAUGCCGGUCAGAAGGUGGAUCACCCACUGUGAAAUAUCCGUCAGUUAGUGGUCAUUACCCGUUCCUGCCAGAAAUGUACCCGAAUUCGAAAGGAAAGAGCCAAAUCUGUAUUUGCUUCUCCAGCGUCAAAGACAUGCCCUACGAGCUCCAGAAGCGGUUUAGUUAUAGGCUUUCAGUAAAUUAA